AAAAAAGUCAAAAUCAGCUUCUCUCGAGCGACGAUGGAUCACAUGGCGGCGGCGGAAGAGCAAAUUGUAACGGAGAGGCUUAGGAGAAAGAUGGAAGAAGUCAAUGCAUCUGCUCAAUCUCAGCUCUCUCCUAUUCAAGAUCACAUCAAUUUCACCCUUCAGCAAGCUUACUUCAAGUGUGCAUACGAGUGCUUUGACAGAAGCAGGAAGCAAGAGGAGAUAGCCAACUGUGUUGAGCACUGCAGUGUUCCUGUUCUCAAAUCUCAGCAGUUUUUCGAAGGCGAAAUGGCUCAGUUUCAGGAAAGGAUGAACAGAUCUCUCAUGGUCUGUCAAGACAAAUUUGAGGCUUCGAAGCUUCAUAAGAACAGGGUUGAUGCAGCCAAAGAUAUGGAGAGUUGCGUUAAUCAAUCCAUUGAGGAGAGUUUGAACACGUUGCCUCACAUUGUGCAGAGGAUGAAGACAGCCUUCUCCAUUCGCGACUAAAACAGUUUAUCUCUUAGAGAUAAAAAUACUAUCUUUUACCUUUGUCUUGGCUGAUUCAUAAUGCUAAAACAUUUUUUAACCUUUGUAAUGGUCUUUUGUCUGAAGAUUUGAUAGUUGUUACUUUUUUCUGUCAUUGAUGAUUGUUUUUAGUUGAGACAGGAGCCAAUAAAAGACGUCUCCUUGGUCUUGUAGAUAAAGAGAAUAAACA